AUGUCUGGCGAAACCUUCGAGUUCCAGGCUGAGAUCUCCCAGCUUCUGGGUUUGAUCAUCAACACUGUCUACUCAAACAAGGAGAUCUUCCUGCGAGAACUUGUCUCCAACUGUUCCGAUGCGCUCGACAAGAUUAGAUACGAGGCUCUUUCAGACUCAAGUAAGCUUGAUACUGGCAAGGACCUCCGUAUCGACAUCAUCCCCGACAAGGAGAACAAGACCCUCACCAUCCAAGACACCGGUAUCGGCAUGACCAAGGCUGAUCUCGUCAACAACCUGGGUACGAUCGCACGAUCUGGCACCAAGCAAUUUAUGGAGGCCCUGACCGCAGGUGCUGAUAUCUCCAUGAUUGGUCAAUUCGGUGUUGGUUUCUACUCCGCAUACCUUGUCGCAGACCGCGUUACCGUCAUUUCAAAGCACAACGAUGAUGAGCAAUACAUCUGGGAGUCCUCUGCUGGUGGAACCUUCACUAUCAAGCCUGACACUGAGGGUGCACCACUCGGCCGUGGUACCAAGAUGAUCCUUCACCUCAAGGAUGAGCAGACCGACUACCUGAAUGAGGCCAAGAUCAAGGAGGUCAUCAAGAAGCACUCCGAGUUCAUUUCAUACCCCAUCUACCUCCACGUUUCCAAGGAGACUGAGAAGGAGGUUCCUGAUGAGGAGGAGGAGGAAGCCAAGGAGGAUGACGGAGAGAAGAAGGCCAAGAUCGAGGAGGUCGAUGACGAGGAGGAAGAAAAGAAGGAAAAGAAGACCAAGAAGAUUAAGGAGACCAAGAUUGAGGAGGAAGAGCUCAACAAGCAAAAGCCAAUCUGGACCCGAAAUCCUUCAGACAUCACCCCAGAGGAAUACGGUUCCUUCUACAAGUCUCUCUCAAACGACUGGGAAGACCACCUUGCUGUCAAGCACUUCUCUGUUGAGGGUCAACUCGAAUUCCGCGCCAUCCUCUUCGUUCCCAAGCGCGCUCCCUUCGAUCUCUUCGAGACCAAGAAGACCAAGAACAACAUCAAGCUCUACGUCCGUCGUGUCUUCAUCACUGAUGAUGCCACCGAUCUUAUUCCUGAGUGGUUGAGCUUCGUCAAGGGUGUUGUCGAUUCUGAGGAUCUCCCUCUCAACUUGUCCCGUGAGACCCUUCAACAAAACAAGAUCAUGAAGGUCAUUAAGAAGAACAUCGUCAAGAAGACUCUUGAGCUCUUCCAGGAGAUCUCCGAGGACAAGGAGCAAUUCGACAAGUUCUACACUGCCUUCAGCAAGAACAUCAAGCUCGGCAUCCACGAGGACUCCCAAAAUCGGCCUGCUCUUGCCAAGCUUCUCCGAUUCAACUCCACCAAGUCCGGUGAUGACCAAACCUCCCUCACCGACUAUGUCACUCGCAUGGGUGAACAUCAAAAGAACAUGUAUUACAUUACCGGCGAGUCUCUCAAGGCUGUCCAGAAGUCACCAUUCCUUGAAUCUCUCAAGGAGAAGAACUUCGAGGUUCUCUUCCUGGUUGACCCCAUCGAUGAGUACGCCAUGACCCAGCUCAAGGAGUUCGAUGGCAAGAAGCUUGUUGAUAUCACCAAGGACUUCGAGCUUGAGGAGACUGAUGACGAGAAGAAGGCUCGUGAGGCCGAGGAGAAGGAAUUUGAAGGUCUUGCCAAGGCUCUCAAGAACGUCUUGGGUGACAAGGUCGAGAAGGUCGUUGUCAGCCACAAGUUGGUUGGUGCUCCCUGCGCCAUCCGUACUGGCCAAUUCGGUUGGUCCGCCAACAUGGAGCGUAUCAUGAAGGCUCAAGCUCUUCGUGACACCUCGAUGUCCUCGUACAUGUCCUCCAAGAAGACCUUCGAGAUCUCGCCUCGAUCACCGAUCAUCAAGGAGCUGAAGAAGAAGGUUGAGGCUGACGGCGAGAAUGACCGAACUGUCAAGUCGAUCACUCAACUUCUCUUCGAGACUUCCCUUCUCGUCUCCGGUUUCACCAUUGAGGAGCCAGCCGGAUUUGCCGAACGUAUUCACAAGCUUGUUUCCCUUGGCCUGAACGUCGAUGAGGAGCCAGAAACUGCUGAGGAGGCUGCUGCUGAGGAGGCUUCCGCCGAUGCACCAGUCGAGAGUGCAAUGGAGGAGGUCGAUUAG